UUCCCAGUUCCUCUCCAUCCUAACUUCAUAUGAAUCUCUAAGAUGCAAACCCAAUCUUUCAAGCUUCUCCUCUGGACUUUUCUCACCUUUGCAUCCCUCCACCAGGGGAAGGGAGCAAAGUGCAGUGCUGAUGGGCCAACAGUGAACCAGACUCAGGUGGGAUUUGGCAACCCUCCCAAAUUCAUGGUGGAAGUCCACAACAACUGUGCUAUGUGCCCAGUUAUUGAUGUUCAUAUCAAAUGUGGAAACUUUUCCCAGGCUCUGGUCAGUCCGAGGCUGUUCAAGGUUUUAGGCCACGACAAUUGUGUCGUCAAUGCUGGGUUGCCAUUGCCACCCUUGCAAAAAUUCUCCUUCAACUAUUCCCAUCAGAAGUAUCCCAUGUCCCCAUCAAUCUGGUACUUCCAGUGUGAAUAGAACUAGAACCAGCUACCACUGCCCACCUUUCCUAUAGCAGUGUAUGUUUUCUCAUCCUAUCUUCCCUUUUAUCUUUUCGUAUUUGUAUCAAGUCCUGAGUUUCUCAAUUUGAAAGAUAACUAUCGCAUGGAAACACUUCAAAGAAGCAAAGACAACAUCCAAGAAACAGUUCAGCAUUGCAUAUAAA